CGCCGCCCGUUUCGGGCCGCUGGCACCCGGCUAACAGCUCCGGCACGUCCGCCGCCCUGGCCGCCCGAGGACCACCCGCCCCGGCCCGCGCGGGUGAGCGGCGGCGCUCCCGCUGCUGUGCGUCCUCGGGUGCCCUCGCACCCUCUCUGGACUGCGCCCGGCCUGAGGGCGUGAGGUCGCGGCGGCCGCGGCGGGGCGUCCCUGGAGGUUCUCGCGGAGCGGAGCCCAGUGGGGGUGCCGGAGCGCCCGGGGUCCUGUGGAGGCCCCGGCGUCUGGGCCGCCGCCGCUGCGGGAUGCUCGAGGCUUCUGCCCCACCAGCAUGGGCAGCCUCGCCUACCGAGAGGACCUCGAGGAGGAGAAGAACUCCGCGUUCACCUGGGAGCUGGAAGCCAACAGCAGGGACUACAACAGCCAGUUCAAGGAGAAGUCUUUCCUGUGCUGGCAGAGGAGGAAGCAUAAGAGCAAUGUCAUCCACACGGCCAAGUACAACGUCUUCUCCUUCUUGCCCCUGAACCUGUAUGAGCAGUUCCACCGUGUGUCCAACCUCUACUUCCUUUUUACCAUCAUUCUCCAGGGCCUCCCCGAGAUCUCCACGCUGCCCUGGUUCACUCUUUUUGUCCCGCUCAUCUGCCUCCUCGUCAUCCGGGCCACCCGAGAUCUGGUGGACGACAUCGGGCGACACAGAAGCGACAGAAUCAUCAACAACAGGCCUUGCCAGAUCCUGGUGGGGAAGAGCUUCCUGUGGAGAAAGUGGGAGGACCUGUAUGUGGGAGACGUGGUCUGCCUGCACAAAGACAACAUCGUCCCGGCCGACUUACUCCUGCUGGCCAGCACCGAGCCCAGCAGUUUGUGCUACGUGGAAACUGCAGACAUCGAUGGGGAGACCAACCUGAAGUUCAGGCAGGCCCCGCCGGUCACCCACCACGAGCUGGCCAGUAUAAGGAAGAUGGCAUCCUUCCAAGGCAAGGUGGUGUGUGAGGAACCCAACAGCAGGUUGCACCACUUUGUGGGGUGCCUGGAGUGGAACGGCAGGAAGCACCCCCUGGACAUCGGCAACGUGCUCCUGCGCGGCUGCAAGGUCCGGAACACGGACACCUGCUACGGGCUGGUCAUCUACGCCGGUUUCGACACCAAGAUCAUGAGGAACUGUGGCAAGAUCCAUCCGAAGAGAAGCAGGAUAGACCGUCUGCUGAACAGGCUGGUGGCCCUGGUGAGGCGCCCAAGGCCCCCGCCGUCCUCUUCCGGGCCUCCGUUUCCCUCCUGUGCAAAAAUCUUUCUGUCCCUGGUGCUGAUCUCCGUGGCCUUGAGCUUGGGCUUCUGGUCCAAGGUGAAGGAGUUCAAGGCCAAGCACCACUACGUGUCCCCGAGGCACGUGCAGAGCGUGGCCGCCGAGACCUUCCUCACCUUCUGGGGCUUCUUCAUCCUGCUCAGCGUCAUGGUGCCCAUGGCCAUGUUCAUCAUGGUCGAGUUCAUCUACCUGGGCAACAGCAUGUUCAUCAACUGGGACGUACACAUGUACUACGCGCCACAGGACGUGCCCGCCAAGGCCCACAGCACCAGCCUCAACGACCAGCUGGGCCAGGUGGGGUACGUGUUCUCGGACAAGACGGGCACGCUCACGCAGAACGUCAUGACCUUCAAGAAGUGCUGCAUCGCCGGCAUCGUCUACGGCCCCGACGACGAGGAGGCGGCCCCAUGUAAGGGGAACCCCUACCUCUGGAACAAAUUUGCCGACGGGAAGUUCCCUUACCGGAACGCGGAGCUCCUGCGAGCCGUUCGGGGCCGCACGGACGAGGCGGUGCGGGAGUUCUGGCGUCUGCUGGCCAUCUGUCACACUGUGAUGGUCCAGGAGAAAGACCCAGACCAGCCGGUGUACCAGGCGGCAUCCCCGGACGAGGAGGCGCUGGUCACGGCGGCCCGGAAUUUUGGCUACGUGUUCGUGGCGCGCACGCAGGACAGCAUCACGGUGAUGGAGCUGGGGGACGAACGGGUGUAUCAGGUCCUGGCCAUGAUGGACUUCAACAGCAUGCGGAAGCGCAUGUCGGUGCUGGUCCGAAACCCCGAGGGCGCCAUCUACCUGUACACCAAAGGCGCCGACGUGGUCAUCUUUGAGCGCUUGAGCAACAAAGGCAUGACAGAGUGGACCACGGAGGAGGCCUUGGCUUCCUUUGCCGAGGAGACCCUGCGGACCCUGUGCCUGGCCUACAAGAGGGUGGACGAGGACACGUACGAGGAGUGGCGCCAGCGGCACCGGGAAGCCAGCCUGCGGCUGCAGAACCGGGCCCACGCCCUGCACCAGGUGUACGAGGAGAUGGAGAAGGGCCUGCAGCUGCUGGGAGCCACAGCCAUCGAGGACAGACUCCAGGACGGCGUCUGCGACACCAUCCAGUGUCUCAAGCAGGGGAACAUCAAAGUGUGGGUACUCACAGGGGAUAAGCAAGAGACGGCGGUGAACAUCGGUUUUGCCUGCCAGCUGCUGUCGGAGAACAUGCUCAUUCUGGAGGAGAAGGAGAUCACUCGGAUCCUGGAGGCCUACUGGGGGAGCAACGACGGCCUGCUGGCCGGCCAGGGCCUCCUGCAGAGCCGCUUCCUACAGCAGACCAAGGUGGCCAUGGUCAUCAACGGGGAGUUCCUGGACCAGCUGCUGCUGUCCCUGCGCAAGGAGCCGCGGGCGCUGGUGCGGGACGAGGACGUGGACGUGGACGUGGAGGAGGCCUGGCAGGAGGGCGGCGAGCGGACGACGGACUUCCUGCGCGCCCAGAGGGUGUCCCUGAUGUGGCGGACCCUCGGGAUCCAGCUGAGGGGCACGGGGCUGGGGCCGCGGGUCAAGGACUCCGGCGCCCGCGACGGCCCCGAGGUGCGGCGCGAGCGGGCCUUCGUGGAGCUGGCCGCCCGUUGCCAAGCGGUCAUCUGCUGCCGCGUGACGCCCAAGCAGAAGGCUCUGAUCGUGGCGCUGGUCAAGAAAUACCAGCGCGCGGUGACCCUGGCCAUCGGGGACGGCGCCAACGACGUCAACAUGAUCAAGACCGCGGACAUCGGCGUGGGGCUGGCGGGCCCGGAGGGCACGCAGGCGGCUCAGAACAGCGACUACGCGCUGGCCCGGUUCUGCUUCCUGAAGCGCUUGCUGCUGGUGCACGGCCGCUGGUCCUACGUGCGGGUGUGCAAGUUCCUUCGCUACUUCGUGUACAAGACGCUGGCCAGCAUGAUGGCGCAGGUCUGGUUCGCCUUCUACAGCGGCUUCACCGCCCAGCCUCUGUAUGAAGGCUGGUUCCUGGCACUCUUCAACCUGCUGUUCAGCACACUCCCGGUCCUCUACAUUGGUCUCUUCGAGCAGGACGUGAGUGCCGAGCGGAGUCUGGAGCUGCCCCAGCUAUACAUCGCAGGCCAGAAGGACGAGCUCUUUAACUACUGGGUCUUUCUCCAGGCCCUUGCCCACGGCACGGCCACCUCCCUGGUCAACUUCUUCGUGACCCUGUGGGUCAGCCACGACUCGGCCGGGCCCACCAGCGUCAGUGACUAUCAGUCUUUCUCUGUGGUCGUGGCCCUGUCGAGCCUGCUGUCCAUCACCAUGGAGGCCAUACUCAUCAUCAAGUACUGGACGGUCCUGUCUGUGCUGGCCAUAUUCCUCAGCUUCUGCUUCUAUGUGGUCGUCACUUGGGGCUGCCAGAGUUUCUGGCUCUUCCAAAUCUCCCCUGAGAACUUCCCGUUCCUGUAUGCUGACCGCAAUGUGCUGUCCCACCCCUCCAUCCUGCUGGUGAUCCUGCUGAAUGUGUCACUAAACACCCUGCCUACACUGGCCCUGCGUGUCAUUUACCAAGCCCUCGAGAAGCCACGCCCCAAGCAGGUGGAGGAGGCCCCGAGCGAGGACAUCACAGCGGUGGAACCUGCGCCCUACCUCCGCCGGGAGUCGCGCAGGCGGCGCUCCAGCUACGCCUUCUCCCACCGCGAGGGCUACGCGGAGCUCAUCACGCAGGGCACGAUUCUGCGCAGGGCGCCGGGGGUCGACAGCGACAUGCUGAUGGGCCAGAUAAUCCCGUGCCACGAAGAGCUGUCCCCGAGCAUCCAGGAGUCCCCCCGGUGUUCCAGGAAGAUGUCGUUCCUGGGGAAGACGGGGCACCAGCACCGGGGCAAGGUGUCCUCGAGGGACGGGGGACGAGCAGCCCGCCGUCCUCAGAUCCCCGGCUCCCCGCGGGAGCUGGCGGUCCGGGGCGUCCCAGGAGUCGUUGCGGGGGGAGCGGGAGGAGUCACGGUGGUCGAGGGGGAGGGCGCCGGGGCCGUCGGGGUUCCCCCGCUCCCCCAGCAGCCCGCGGACGAGGGGGGCAAGGUGUCCCCCGUGGGGUGACUGCCCGUGCCCGGGGAGGGCGCAGUGGCGCCCGAGGCGGCGGGGCAGCCCCUCCCCGUCCCCCCCGACCCCCGAAGAGCAGUGACCCGCCCCGCGUCGCACCCGCCCGCGGGCCUGCGCGGCCUUCCCCGGGGGACUAGCCUCCACGUCCCUUUCUGUUGCUAAUAAACCAGGGUCCACCUUC